GAGAGUGAAGAGACUGCAGACGGGAGAGGAAAUCGCUGCCAGACGGUCGCUGCUGCCGAGGGGUUUCACAUCUCCCUGGCUGCAGGGAGCUCGUCCAGCUGCCCUCCCGGGGAUGCUCUGCUCCAGGGCUCCCCGGUGCCCCCUGGCACGGUUGGUGCUGCUGUGCCAGGCGCUGCUGGCAGUGGUGAGCAGCCGAGGAACCCUCAAGUGCCAGGAACAAUCUGUUUCUGUCAAUGGGACGCUGUGGCUGCAGCCAGAGGAACCCCCCAAGGAGUGGGUGAGGGUUGAGUGGAGGGUGAUGCUGGAUUCAAGACCCCAACGUAUCCUGACAGCUGAGAAUGGCAUAGUCAAGAGCCCAAAUAAUUCCUUCCAUCAACGAGUCUCAUUUGAGGAGAAGACCCUCUCCUUGCAGAUCAGCCCAGUUGGCACCAAUGACAGUGGGGUCUACAAGGCAGAAUUUGAGAACAGAGAGGGUGUUUUUACAGCCCUGUGCUUCAAUGUGUGGGUGUGGGCUCCUGUCCAACCUCCACACCUGGAGAAACAAAUCCUGCUCCAGGACCAGGGCUGGUGCAACCUCUCCCUGAUCUGCUCUGUGCUUGGUGCUGGUAACAUCUCCUACAACUGGUCCUGCCCUGGGGAUGUCCCAGAGCCUCAUCCUCAGCUGUUCCUGAGGGUCCAUAAGGAUUCUGAACCCUCCAUCUGUGGCUGCAAUGCCAGCAACCCAGUGAGCUGGAGCAUGGCCAGCACCGAUGUCGUGGCCGAAUGCCGUGCUGCAGCCUCAGGGCUUUCCAGUAUCAUUACAUGGUGGGCAGUAGCUGUGUCCUUGGGGUUGGCACUUGCCAUCUCCACAGCCCUCGUUGUCACCUGCUACUGCAGAAGGACACAAAGACAGGACCCCCCAGGACACGUUGAGCAGACACUGACUGUCUACGAGGAAGUUGGCAAAGCUCAACCCACCCAAGACCCUAAUGGGACCAGUGAUGUCAACAUGGGAGGAAACACCAUCUAUGCUGUUGUGUGCAACAGAGCACAGCAGAGACCCAGACCACCUCAGGAGCCCCAGAGCUGCACCAUCUACUCCACAGUUCAGGUCACCAGGAAGUCUCCUUCUCUCAAGAGGAAGAGGUUGGACCCAGCUUUGGUUUCUACUGCCUAUGUAGAGGAUACCAGGGCUUCCAGACUCUGGUGCCCACCGUUUCAGACCACAGCCCCAUCUCCUGCCAGCCUCUGCUAGUGCCUUGGCAAGACAGAAUCACACACAAUCCCAGGAUGGCGGAGGUUGGAAGGGAUCUGUAGGGAUCACCCAGCCCAAGCCCCUGCUAAAGCAGGUUCCCCUGGCUCAGGGGGCUCAGGAACGUGUCCAGGUGGGUUUGGGAAGCUCCUGAGAAGGAGCCUCCACACCCUGCCUGGGCAGCCUGGGCCAGGGCUCCCUCACCUCAGCACCAAAGCACUUUCUCGUUCCUGUGUUCCAGCUGAUGUCCAUCACCCCUUGUCCUGUCCCUGGCCACCACACACCAAACACUGGCCCCAUCCUCUUGCCACCCACCCUUUAAGGACUGAGCAGCAUUGCUGAGCUGCCCCUGAGCUCAGGCUUCUCUUCCCCAGGCUGAGCAGCCCCAGGGCUGCAGCCUUUCCUCCUCACACACAUGUUGCAGCCCCUCAGCAUCUUGGCAGCCCUGCACUGGCCUCUCUGCAGCACUUCCCUGUCUCUCCUGAGCUGGGCAGCCCAGCACUGAUCACAGGACUCCAGCUGAGGCCUCCCCAGGGCAGAGCAGAGGGGGCAGCUCAACCUCCCUCAACUUUUUGCCGACGCUUCUUGAAUUUCCCUUCCUCCUGGAGCACCCAGAGCCCUCCAGCACCUUCUCCAGCAAAGCCAGAGGCUCGUUUGGGAUGGAAAUGGCCAGACACAGGAUUUUACACAACUCCCAGCUGUGCCUUGGAGGCUUCCUGUGAGGCAAGGAGGAAAGGCUCAGCCAUGGAAACCUGUCUGUGCAGGAGAAGUGUGUGAAAUUGGACAGUUUGGGGGUUCUGGGGGCAAGAGGACACGUGUGAUGUGCCCAUGUUCAGUGCCAGCCUGGGGUCUUGGGGGAGUUUCUUGAAGUCCUGAUGGGUUUGAUACACCUCAAGUGUCAUUUCAGGUGUGAAUGUAAGCUGAACAGCAUGAGGCAAUUGUGGUGCUUGUUUAAUUAGCUUAAUUGGCUAUUUAUAGGCUGAAAUGUACCUGUGGCAGAGGGAGGGAUGGGGAGUUGCCUCCUUUGUGGCUCAGGAGCCUCUGGAGUGAUUGAGGUCUGGUGCAGAGAUGCACUUUUCAGAGUUUUAGCCAUAUGUGGUGGGUAUGGGGACAGAGGUGACCCUUGGCCAUCAAUCCCAGACAGGAUGGUCCCUGCCUUCACCUCAUGAGCCACACUGAGACCAGAGGUGCUGCCACAUCCCUUCCCACCUACAUUACCUCAUGGAGUGGCCCUGAGAGAAAAGAGGUGGAGAAAGAGGUGCUCUGGCUUCAAAGAUCUUCCCAAAGACAAGAUCAAGGGCUUUUCUUUGGGAUUCAAAUGAAAUGUGGCACUUUGAUGGCA